AUGAUCCAUGAAUCACCCCUCGCGAAGUACUUCCACCGAAGUGACCACAACUUUAAGACAGACCACUCUCACAAGGAGGCGUGGUGCAAGGCUUGCGUGGCGUACAAAGUCCGCGAGAUAAAGCAUACCGAGCUUACUACAGGCCAGCCAGAACGGGGCGACGAGGACGUCGAGAAAGAAGUCAUGACCAUCCAUAUCGAACCGAGGAGUAACAAGGUCGAGUGGUACCGGAAGCAUCUUAUCGAGCAAUGUCCUCAUGUGACCGACGAGGUGCGCGCGGAGGCAGUGGCAGAUGCGGCGAGAGGGAAACGAAAGGCUGCGGAGACGAAGAUGACGAGGCUUCAGCACGAGCUUAGCCAAAACGAGAACAGACCUGUUGCGUCCGGCCCAGUGGCAAGCCCUUUGUCCGCCCAGUCAAGUUUGUCGAGUAUCGCGAGUGCCGACUCCGACGCGCUACUCACUAGUACCGUGACGGGCGGUCAAUCGCUCCUAGCACCUGCGUCCGCACCAGCUCCUGAGGUCGAUUACGAUAAGUGGAUCAUGGCGGCAGAGUCAAGUGGUGAUACCGAGCAAGCAGAGGCCCUGCGUUAUGCUAAGCGCCAGCGGCUCGGGACCAUCAACGGGACACCAUUCUUCGGCGAGACAGUCCCGAAGUUGCAAUCUUGGAACAACACGAGACAACGCGAGUUUUCAAGUGAUCUGUGUUGUCUUCUGAUUGCGUGCAACAUUGCGUGGCACGCUGUCGAGGUCCCUUACUGGCAACACUUCUUUCAGAAGUGGGUCCCUGGUUGUCUACUGUUAUGGCGCCUCACUCGUCGUGCCUCGUAUGCGCUGCACCCAGUCUCUAUUCAAGGAGAUCUGUCUACAGAGUGCAUACAAAGCGGUGACGAGGUAAAGGCUGAGGACUUGUAG